GUUGGAGCUUACCGGCGUGCUCGUGGCGGGACUUCUAUAACAUGUCGGGGAAUAAGGACACCGACGGCGGCUGGAGGGGCUUUCUGUGGAAUUCCGAGAGGAAGGAGUUUCUGGGGAGAACCGGCGGCAGUUGGUUCAAAAUCCUUUUGUUCUACGUCAUCUUCUACGGCUGCUUGGCGGCCUUCUUCGCCGGGACCAUUCAGGUGAUGAUGCUCACCUUGAGCAACUACAAGCCCACCUACCAGGACCGGGUGGCCCCCCCAGGUCUGUCACAUAUGCCACGCUCUUUUAAGUCCGAGAUAUCAUUCAGCAUCAGCAACCCGACGUCGUAUGAGCUGUACGUGGCGAGCAUUAACAAGUUCCUCAUGCUCUACGAUGACGACCGCCAAACCGACCUGAUAAAAUACGAAAACUGCGGAGAUGAACCCGAGCCGUACCGCGAGCGCGGCAGCCUGGAGAGCGACCUGGGCCAGCGCAAGGCCUGCAGGUUCAGAAGGUCCUGGCUGCAAAGCUGCUCAGGCCUACCCGACGGCACCUACGGCUUCCGGGACGGAGCGCCGUGCAUCAUCGUCAAACUCAACAGGAUCGUCAACUUCAGGCCCAGGGCUCCCGCCAGCGAUGACGUGUUGCCUGCGGAUCUUGUCGGCCGAGUAAAGCCCAACUCCCUGCCCAUUUUCUGUAAGAACAAGCGCGACGAGGACGCGGACAAGCUCGGCGAGAUCAAGUACUUCGGCUUCGACGGAAGCUUCCCGCUGCAGUACUACCCGUACUACGGCCGGCUGCUGCACCCCAACUACCUUCAGCCCCUGGUGGCCAUCCAGUUCACCAACGUAACGCUGGGCCAGGAGGUGCGCAUCGAGUGCAAGGUUUACGGUGCCAACAUCAAGUACAGCGUGAAGGAUCGCUAUAUGGGACGAUUUGAGGUCAAGUUCAACAUCAACUCGUGACCUCCUCCGUAGGUCAGUCGGUCGGUCAGUCGGCGCGCACUCGUCACGCCCCCCUCCCCCACCCCCGCCCCCCUUUUUUUCUUUUCUUUUGACAAGCAACUCUCCCAAAAACACAGAGCCAAUUGAGAUGAUAAAAGAAAAAUAAGGAAGAAAAAAAAACCCCACCACUAUAGUCGUUCGUCUUUGAGCAUUCGAGUCCGGUGUUUCCCAAAACUUUAUUGAGCCGAGGCACAUAUCGUUAGCCAAAUAGCAUGAUUAACCAAGUCAUAUUUGAAAGUUUUCGGAAGACAACACUUGGGCAUUUGUGCUAUUAGGCUGACGAUAUUUUACAAAAAAAAAAAAAAAAAAAAAAAAACAUCUCUUGGCGCACAACGUAAAAAAAAUGUCACAAAAAGUUGCAAAAGCAUUUUUUUGUUCUGCCUGUCACUAUAUGUUGCUGGCAUAGAUAGUUUGACCUGGGAUAUAUGUUAAAUAGUAAAUUUUUCUGGAAAAUAUGAGAUCGUCAUAAGUUUUUCUUCUUGAUAGUCAUGACUUUAUUUCUUCAAAUGAUUUUAUCGUCUACAACCUUUUCUUGAAAAUGUAUUCUCAUAAGAUUAUGACGGUUUUCUCUAUCUGUGGUCUUUUUUUUUCUUAAAAAUAAUAGUUUAUUCUCAUGUUGGUACCUUAGUAAACCCAGGACCCCCUGAAUUAAAAAAAGAUAAUUAUCAGAAUAAAGUUGUAUUUCUUUAAGGGAAAAGGCAUAAUUGCACGUUGAAUUAAAAUGAAAAUAUGACACUAUUCUGAGGAUUACGACUUUUUUUCUAUAAGAUAUAUAUAUAUAUUUUUUUCUUAAAAAUCUUGACUUUUUUGUUAAAAUGGGUUUGAUUCUCUUUUUUUCCCCCCUUGAAAAUAUGAGGCUUGCUUUUUUUUUUCCAGAAAAUAUGAUAUUCUCUAAAUGAUUUUUUCUCAAAUCUUGACUUUUCUCGAAAAAAAAUAUACACAUUUUUUCUCAAAAAUCGGCUUUAACAUUUUUCACCAUAUGACGAGUCUUAUUUUUUCCCCCCUCAAAUCUGGACUUUGUUUUUCUUCAAAAUAUGAGAUUUCAUUCUCAUACUUUUGUUUCCCUCAAAGCCAAACAAACCCCUUUAAAAAAAAAAAAAAUCACUUUUUUUUCUAAAAAAAAAUAAAUUAUGCGACUGUUGUCAUAGAAUAAAAUCUUUUUUCCCCCUCAAAUCUGGACUAAAGUAGGAAGAAAUAUUGACCUUUUUUUUUCUCGAAAAUAUGAGACUUGAUUCUCAUAAGGACUUUCUCGCAGAAUUUUGUGUAAAAAAAAAAAAAAAAAAAAAAAGUACAUGCAUAAGAAAAAAUACAUCUUUAUUCUGGUAAGAUUGCUUCUUUUGUCCUACAGUGCCAUAUGUGGGUUACCGUCGUAAACUGAUGCCACGCCUGUCAUUUUUCACCUUGUCUCCGCUGCCUUCCCCACUUUGAGGUGCUGCCACACCAUUUGAGAAUCAGAACCUUAUUCCACUUCCUAAAAAUGUGCGCGCUUCAUUCCCACUCGGGCUUCUCUUGUGUCUGUCCAGGGUUUUAGGACGUGGCGUAGCAAUAGCAAAGCAAAUCAAAUCAUAUUUAUUCUGCUGUACAUGAUGACGACGACGAUGAAUAUUAACUCCUCCUGGAGCCGUAGAGACGCGUCCAUACUAUGAAAAAAAAGAAGAAAAAAAUCGGCAACUCCACUACUAUUACUACUACUUACUACUACUGACGUGUUUGUGUCGUAAAAUCUCGUCUCGUCCGCUUCUGUGUGCGUGUGCCUGCGUGUGCGUUUGUGUGUGUGUGUGUGUGUGCGUGCGACUAAUUGAAAUACUAGCGCGGUACUGGACAACAUCAAGAAAGGAUCCAUCAUUUGUACGCUUUUCAUUCCCCCCUUCUGUCGUUUAUAGUUUUUUGUUUUUUUUUUAGUUUCUAGCAGAGUUCCUAUACUGUUGAAUGUUUUAGCCAUGUUCAUGGUGGAAGAAUUUUAUAUUUAUGCAGUUGUACAUUUUAUUUCUCUCUCUCUGUUUCUCUCAAAAGUGUCAUGUUUUGAAUCCGAUACCAAAGUAGUCGCUGGUUGAAAACAUACAAAAAAAAAAUAAGUAUCAAUGCAGUAUCCCGUUACAUGUUGACAAAAAAAAAAAAAAAAAAUGAAAUAAGAAAAAUAAUCAAAACACUUUGUCAGAAGUCUUCUGGUCACUUUAUUUAAUCUGGCUGAAACAAUAAACAACAAACAACAUCAAAAAGUCA